CCAUAGCAGGAAACCAAACGCUCGCAGCCGUUACGCGCUUGACACGCACGAAGGAAAUCUCGUCGUCGAACGUGUAUUUGUGCAUUGAGUGUGAUUUUUGCUUGCUGUCGUUAGGUACUGCCUAAAAUCUACGUUUGAAAUCCAAUCAUGAAGAAAGCCUGGCCAGGGAAACCUGGUCAGAAGAGGUCAAAAUCUUUGUCCGGUAAUGAAAAAAGGAAGCGAAAACGCCUCGAAGAGCUCAGGAAGGAGCAGGAUAAGCACCAUAAGCUCACCAAUUUUUUCUCGCAGUCUUCGUGCAGGUCAAACCCUGAGCCUGAUCCGGACACAUCACAUGGAGCGGGUGGGAGUGAAGGUGACCUCGACGAUCCAGCGCCCGUCAGCACAUUCACCGCCCUAACCAGUCCUGUAACCGACACGUGCAUCGAGGAUAAGGGCAGCAACGACAGCAACGACUCCAACUCCGAAACACUGCGGUGGUGCACGUGUCGCCACCUGCGAGGUGGCAGGUGCUCCGAGGAUGGCGGCGGCAGCGACUCCGGCCCCGGGCACAGCGGUGCUGCACAGGACUCCGGCCCCGGGCACAGCGGUGCUGCACAGGACUCCGGCCCCGGGCACAGCGGUGCUACUCAGGACUCCGGCCCCGGGCACAGCGGUGCUGGUGCUGCUCAGGACUCCGGCCCCGGGCACAGCGGUGCUGCACAGGACUCCGGCCCCGGGCACAGCGGUGCUGCACAGGACUCCGGCCCCGGGCACAGCGGUACUGGUGCUGCUCAGGACUCCGGCACCGGGCACAGCGGUGCUGCUCAGGACUCCGGCCCCGGGCACAGCGGUGCUGGUGCUGCACAGGACUCCGGCCCCGGGCACAGCGGUGCUGCACAGGACUCCGGCCCCGGGCACAGCGGUGCUGCACAGGACUCCGGCCCCGGGCACAGCGGUGCUGCACAGGACUCCGGCCCCGGGCACAGCGGUGCUACUCAGGACUCCGGCCCCGGGCACAGCGGUGCUGGUGCUGCUCAGGACUCCGGCCCCGGGCACAGCGGUGCUGGUGCUGCUCAGGACUCCGGCCCCGGGCACAGCGGUGCUGCACAGGACUCCGGCCCCGGGCACAGCGGUGCUGCACAGGACUCCGGCCCCGGGCACAGCGGUGCUGCACAGGACUCCGGCGCCGGGUACAGCGGUGCUCCACAGGACUCCGGCCCCGGGCACAGCGGUGCUGCACAGGACUCCGGCCCCGGGCACAGCGGUGCUGCUCAGAACUCCGGCCCCGGGCACAGCGGUGCUGGUGCUGCUCAGGACUCCGGCCCCGGGCACAGCGGUGCUGCUCAGAACUCCGGCGCCGGGCACAGCGGUGUUUCGAUCAUUAGAGACCAACCGGUGCCCGGAACAAGCGACCACCAAACCAACUCACAAGCUGAACCUGGAAUGGGAGACAUUCUGGAACUGACUUCCCCAAAUCAGCCAAAUCCUCGUGACAUACCAGAGCAUGUCAGCUCAAACAAGGCCCAGUGUACAAGGAGAUUCCAAGCCUCGUGGUACUCGGAGUACCCGUGGAUUCACGUAUGCCCAGAGACGAAGAAGGUGUUCUGCUUCACCUGCAUGAAGGCAGUUCAACUGAGACUAACAGGUGCGAAAGCCAGCUACCAUUCUGAAGCGGCUUUCACAUCAAUGGGAUUUCAAAACUGGAAGAAGGGACCUGAAAAGUUCAAAGCCCACGAAAAAAGCAGGGAUCACCAGUUCGCUGCAGAAGUCCUGUCCCAACAUGACACGGUCAUGCCGGCCUACAUUCCAGUAUUUGAUCAUUUUGUUUGAGAACUUGAACCUUACAAGUUACAAGUUACGACACGCACGGACACCGAGUCUAGCCCAACCUCACCUUGGACCACUCGACGAUACACGUGAAGCAGAACUGGUGCAUGCACCCGUCUGAGAACGCCUUGUUGUCCAGCUUUCCCAGGCAGAUGGGGCAGGCUGAGUCGGGCGAGGCCCGGCCCGGAGAGCUGCUCCCCUCGCGCACGGGCGAACACUUCACGCGCGUGGGUGUCGGCUCCCGGGGUAGCUCCGGCGGCGUGGCCGGGCACUCCACGUCGGCCGGCAUGGUCUCCGUCCGUCAGCGCACUUCCAGGGCGGAGAAAACCACGCGUCCGUCAACGCACUUCCAGGGCGGAGAGAACCAGGCGUCCGUCAGCGCACUUCCAGGGCGGAGAAAACUAGCUGUGAAGGAAAACGUGUGACGUGUUAUGGUUGAGGUGCUUCAUCCCAUGUUCAUUGGUUGGUUGAUAUAAAGAGGUAGACAACAC